ACAUCGAUUCAACAGCUGUUCGAAUAAGUUGCGAGGAUUUUUACCAGUUUUUUUCUCCGAGUUUUCGGAGAAGUGAAAAUAAAUAUAGCAGUGUCGUGCGAAAAAGAGUAAUUACUAAUUACCAACUAUUCAUAGUGCAUAUUAAUAGCGAGUGUGUGAUUGUGCCUAUCCUAUAACAAUUUUCCACUUUUUUCUGCCGGUUAAGAACAGUAAAAACAGGAUAUACAUAAGCAUAAUAAGAGUAAACUUAAACACAAAUCAAUAAGCGACAGAGAAAUACAGUGAAAUCUACCUAAAAACUACAACAUGCUGCUGCAGAGGAACAAAUUAGGCAGCGUACGGCCACCAAAGCGUUGCAGGAGCGACAUGGAUAACACCUCCACCUCGGACAUUGUCAUCAUCAAUGGCAACUCUCAUCCGGAUUUGGCCAACAUGGUGGCCGAGCGGAUGGGCAUCAAGAACGGCGGCUGCUCCGUGUUCCACAAGUCCAACAGAGAGACUAUUGUGGAGAUCAGUGAUUCCGUAAGAGGCAAGGACAUCUACAUCAUCCAAACGGGCACCAAGGAUGCCAACAACAACAUCAUGGAGCUGCUGAUCAUGGCCUACGCCUGCAAGACUUCCUCGGCCCGCUCGAUCGUGGGAGUGAUUCCAUACUUGCCGUAUUCCAAGCAGUGCAAGAUGCGCAAGCGCGGCUGCAUUGUGUCCAAGCUGCUGGCCAAGAUGAUGUGCACCUCGGGCUUGACCCACAUCAUCACCAUGGAUCUGCACCAGAAGGAGAUCCAGGGCUUCUUCGACAUACCCGUGGACAAUCUGAGGGCGUCGCCCUUUCUGCUCCAAUACAUUCAGGAGAGCAUUCCCGACUAUCGCAACUCGGUGAUUGUGGCCCGUAAUCCUGGAGUGGCCAAGAAGGCCAACUCCUAUGCCGAGCGACUGCGUCUUGGCCUGGCCGUCAUCCACGGCGAACAGAAGGAGACCGAUGCCGACGAGGUCGACGGUCGGUACUCCCCUCCACCGACCAGUGCGUAUAGCAAUUUAUUAGGAAAUUCAGUUGAAAUGUGCUUACCAGCGACGCCUAGCACCCGCCAGCGGACCACCUCGGUUUCGGUGGGUGUUCCGGAGCACAUUGUCAAGGUCAAGCCCCCACUGACCAUUGUGGGCGAUGUCAGCGGUCGUAUCGCCAUCAUGGUGGAUGACCUGAUCGACGAUGUCCAGGCGUUUGUGGCAGCCGCUGAGAUGCUGAAGGAGCACGGAGCCUGCAAGAUCUACGUGCUGGCCACGCAUGGUCUGCUCAGCUCAGAUGCACCGCGUCAGCUGGAUGAGUCGCCCAUCGAUGAGAUCGUUGUCACCAAUACCAUUCCACACGAGAUCCAGAAGCUGCAGUGCCACAAGAUCAAGACGAUCGACAUCUCCAUUCUGAUCGCUGAGGCCAUUCGGCGCAUCCACAACAAGGAGUCUAUGUCCUAUCUGUUCCGCAACGUAACGCUGGAGGAUUAGGGACCAUACCACUCACACAACCACUCACAAGUCACAAAAUAGUGUUGCAGACGGCUCGUCUUGGGCCGGUCUAUGUUUGUUUUUCGCUUUUAGACAUCAUAGCAAAGUUUGCUCAAAUAAAAAUGAAUGAUCCAACCUAACUGUAGCACACUUUUAGGCCCCACAUAUACUCCACACUGUACUACACGUUGCGCGUUCAUCGAAGGCUAACCACGUUCUUCUAGUUCUUAAGAUCCCACAACUUUGUCCAAAUAAAAGCUGAUUGUACUCAA